AUGGUUCGCCGAUCUAAAAUUAAAAAACAUCUAAAUACGUCUGGAUCUAACAAAUCUUAUCCAAUUUAUCUUAAAAAAUUAAAAUUAUUUGUUGAAAGGGAAAGUGGAAGAAAUAAUUGUAAAGAAAAAUUUGAUAAAGAUUUAAAUCCAAAUGAGCGAGUACAAGAAAAAUUGGUUAAAUAUUAUGAAAAUACAAAUGAACAAUAUGCAAAAGCUUUAAAGUUAAUUAAAAACAGAUCGAAAGCUAACAUUUCAAUACUUGAUAGAACUAAAGAUAUUCAACUUAACGUAAAAUAA